AGCUAAUACAAACAUGACGAAAGUAAUCUCAUUAUUUCUUCAUAUUUGUUUUUGCUGUUGCUGUUUUUUGUUAAACAGCACAUUAUUCGAUUGAAGCAAAUCAAAAUUUGAAAAUCAUUUGUCAAAAUGACGAUAUUAUUAAAAUUGUGUUUUGGAUUUUUUGUGAUAUUUGCAUUGCAUUGGCAGUGCAUCGAUUGUCGUGGCCGUGGUGCAACACGAGGCCGAGUCUCAACACCGUACAAAACAAAAGUGACAAAUUCGAACGGUGGCAGUAGCAGUAGCAGUGGAAGUUGGUUUAGUAAUUUGUUUAAAGGUCGUAGUAGCAGUGCCAGCAAAACCAAUGCAAUAUCGACAGCCAAUGCAAAAAGUGCUGCAAGUUUCAAAGGUAUACAGUCACCCAGUCACAUCGGUUUCGCUGCGUAUGGUAAUAAUUAUGAGUCAAACUUUCACCAUAAACGACCGGAUCACAAUCAAUUUCGACCGAUGUCGCAUCCAUAUCAAAGCCAUUUUCAUCCCCAAACAGCUGUAUUGGCAUAUCAUUUUAUGCCUAGCCCACACGUUCAUCACAUACACCACUAUGUCGGCGGCAACCCCACUACCACCACUCCUCCUGAUCACGAUUCAAUUUUUUAUGAUUACCGUAGUUCACCAUCAUCGUCAGAAACGCGAAUGAAGGAACCGAUUAUGUAUGACUACAAGCCACCAUUAAAAAAUGAAACGUCAUCAGAAGAAGAUGAACCGAUUGUCGUACCAAAUCCCAAUGAUGUUUUCAUAGCUGGCGUUGAAAAUAUGCUCUUUUACGGUGAUAUGAAAGAAAAUCAACAUCAAGUUGUAUUCGUUGCACAAGGCAGUGACGGCAUGACAUUUGAGGAUAAAAUACUUUCACAGCUCAACCGAUUUGAGUCCGUUGACAACCAUGAAGAAUUCUAUUUUCCAGAUGUAGAAUUUCGAUUUGAUGGUGAUUCAGAACCGAGCAAUGAAGAUUUGGCAGAUAUUUUUCAAAUGUAUAAAAAAUUAGUUGAUGAUGGUCGAUGUUAGAGAUUUUGAGAAAAAAAAAAUACUCAAAUGCAAAUAAAGAUAAUUACGACUUUCAAUUAUCGUGUAGAAAGUAACAAAA